CUUUCAGUCCUCCACCCACCUCUUCCAUUUCUCUCUCAUUUCUCUCUCUCUAUAACAGAGAGAAAAGGAAGGGACCUCCGGCGACUGAUACUAACAACCGACGCGCAUUUUCACAUUCUCUCUCUAUAUAACUGUGUGUAUUCUCAUGAAGAAGACGAAUCAACUAUAACUAUAGUACUUGAUAUAUAUAUUUCUCUCUGUAACUGAUACUUCCGUCUCCGUCGCUUGAUAUAGAGGAUUCCUUUUCCGUUGCUGAUUUAACGCUCUAGAAGCUGCAUUGCAAACUAACAGCAAAAAUGGACCGCCGGAGUUGGCCGUGGAAGAAGAAGUCCUCUGACAAAUCUGGAGCUGAGAAAGCAGUUGCUGAAGACCAUGCCCGUUUGUCAUCAUCUGGAUCUCGCGUUGAACAGGAUAAGAAACCGAAUUACAUACAAAUUUCCAUGGAAUCAUAUUCACAUCUAACUGGAUUGGAGGAACAAGUGAAGACAUAUGAAGAACAAAUGAAUACAUACGAAGAACAGGCGAAUGCGUAUGAGGAUCAGGUGAAGAGUUUAGAAGAUGAAAUUUCAGAAUUAAACGAAAAGUUAUCUGCAGCCCAAACAGAGAUAACUACUAAGGAAAGUAUGGUGAAACAGCAUGUUAAAGUUGCUGAAGAAGCUGUAUCAGGUUGGGAAAAAGCAGAAGCAGAAGCAUUGGCUUUGAAAACUCACCUGGAAUCAGUAACACUUCUAAAGCUUACGGCCGAAGAUCGUUCAUCGCAUUUGGAUGGUGCUCUGAAGGAGUGUAUGAAGCAGAUACGUAACCUGAAGGAAGAACACGAACACGAAUUGCAUGAUGUUGUGCUAGCGAAAACGAAACAAUGGGAUAAAAUAAGGCUUGAACUCGAAUCAAAGAUAAACAACUUGAAUCAAGAGAUUUUCAAAUCAGAAGCAGAAAACUCUGCACUCUCAAGGUCAUUGCAGGAACGUUCCAACCUACUAGUCCAAAUAAGUGAUGAGAAAUCACAGGCCGAGGCAGAGAUUGAGCUUCUGAAAGGCGAUAUUGAAUCAUGCGAGAGACAAAUGGGUACCCUCAAAUACGAAGUACAUAUCAUUAACAAAGAGCUUGAGAUUCGCAAUGAGGAAAAGAAUAUGAGUGUAAGAUCUGCAGAAGUAGCUAACAAACAGUAUCUAGAUGGAGUUAAGAAAAUAGCUAAGCUUGAAGCAGAGUGUCAGAGAUUACGCGGCCUUAUGAGAAAGAAGUUGCCUGGUCCUGCAGCACUAGCUCAAAUGAAGAUUGAAGUUGAUAACUUAGGAAGAGAUUAUGGAGAUUCUCGAGUAAGGAAGUCGAAUUCAAAGCCAUCUAGUCCAUACCCAUCUUACUUACCUGAAUUAUCACUUGAAAGCUUUCAGAAGUACCAUAAAGAGAACGAAGCACUCACCGAAAAAAUCUUUGCUAUGGAAGAAGAGACAAAACAUCUUAAGGAUAUUUUGUCUAAACGUGACAAUGAGUUGCAGGCCUCACGAAGUAUUUCUGCCAAGACUAUAAUGAAGCUUAAAGAUUUAGAAUCUCAACUCCAAGCCAGUGAUCAAAAUCGAAGUCCGCAAAUUGAUGAUGCCGUAAGCUGUACAAGUUCAUCCGAUAUCUCUCAAUUUAAGAAGGUUGAGACACCUAAGUCGGAAAACUCCAAGCAUUUAGAACUAAUGGACGAUUUCUUGGAGAUGGAGAAACUGGCAUAUUCAUCAAACUGUCAAGAAAUGAAAUCUGAUGUAGAUCUUCCACCCUUGGUAAAGCUUCAAUCAAGAAUAUCCAUGCUGCUUGAGUCUACACCAAAAGAUACUGAAAUAGAAAAGGUUUUGGACAGCAUUAAGCAUGUGGUGGAGGAAACCGAAGAUAGCUUGCAUCUAAUGGUGGAGCCAGAUGUUGAGAAGGAAAGUGUUAUAACUGAAGAAAUAUCAGCAGCCAUUUCUCAGAUUCAUGAAUUCGUAUUGGUUCUGGGAAAAGAAGUCUUAGCUGCUCCCUCCACAUCUUCUGAUAAAGAUGGAUUGACCCAGAAAAUCGAUGAAUUCUCUUCUUCCUUCGAUAACUUUAAAUCAAAUUUGCACGAUCUCAUUCUCAGACUUUCUCAUGUUCUGUCCAAGGCUAGUGAACUCCACUUUAACAUCCUUGGCUUCAAGGACAAUGCAGUCGAAUCCAAUGCUUCUGAUUGCAUAGACAAGAUUGCAUUACCGGAGAAUCCCAACACUUGUACUCACUUCUCUGACUCAACAUCCGACACAGAAAGCUUCAUUCCAACCUCUGAAUCAAACGUUGCCCCAUGGAAAUGCUCGUUUGAGGAGUUUGAACAAUUGAACACUGAAAAGGAGACCCUGUCUGCAGAUCUGACUCUAUGUAGAGAAAAUCUAGAGAAUACUAUAAAACAGUUACAAGAAACAGAACAGGUUCUGACUGAAGUUAGGUCGGAGUUAGCAAAUGCGCAGAAGAUGAAUGGCUUGUCUGAGACACAGCUGAAAUGUAUGGCUGAGUCCUACAAUUCACUUGAUGUACGAGCGAAGGAGUUGGAGAGUCAAGUAAAUCUUUUGCUAGCGAAAAUGGAGAAUACUGAUAAUGAACUUCAAGAGGAAAGAAGAAAUCAUCAAGAUUCUUUGGACAGAUGCAAAGGACUUCAGGAACAAUUACAAAGCUUGGAGAGCGUUGCUGCUGAACUUGAGAGCAAGAAUGACCAGGAAAAAGAGCUAACCUUAGCAUCGGAGAAGCUAGCAGAGUGUCAAGAAACAAUAUUUCUCCUUGGAAAACAGCUGAAAAUGAUGCGUCCUCCAAAAGAACAUUACACAGGAUCACCUUACAACGAAAGGAUUCAAAGACACGAAAGUAUCCCCCUAACCGAAGAAGAACCAUCUACUACUACUUCGAGUGGCGGCAUAAAUUUACAUGAAUUUGAUCAAGCAGAAACCGACACAUACAAUUCUCCUUUUAGUCCUUCCCAUGCUACCGAGAUAAGUAUGUAUACACCAACGAGAUCACCCAUCAAUUUAAAUCAAUCGAAACAAAGGAACAUGAUGAUGAUGGUGCCUGUUUCUUCAUCCUCGUCGUCAAAUGCACCAACACCCGAUAAACAUUCUCGUGGAUUUACGAGAUUCUUUUCUUCCAAAAGGUAAAAAACAGAGUAAGCAUUGUUUUUGAUUUAAAAGUUUGUGAGCUCAUUUUAAUGUGUUGUAUAUGAAUUACUGUAAAACAUUUUAUGUGUUCUUUUAGACUGAUAGAUAAAAACUUUGACC